CAUCUAGCUUUGUUUUUCAGUUUGUCGAUUCGAAAGUUUGAAUAAUAUUUUAUUUUGAUUUCGUUGAACGCGGGUUUCAUGUUAUUUAUUAAGUAGUGAAUUAAUGUUUAGUAAAUAUGAGGCGAACUUAUAGGUCUAAGAAAGACACUGGUGGUGUUAUAGACCGAAGAGAUUUGUUGCAGAAUUUAGACGAGAAGAGCUCGGCAUAUGAUGCCUUUUUCAUUCAAAAUAUUAAACAAACUAAACGGGAACUUUCUUGUAUAGGGUCUUCCAAUGCUUACGGAGUGGCUUCUAACCGUGUUCGUAAGAAGAAAUACGUGAAAAGGAUAGUAAAAGAACCGGGAACUCCAUGUCGAGAAAGUUUGUCCCGGUCGACGUAUUUGACGCCUGAUAAAUCUAUACGUGUGAACAAACCUCUAGAUCCCUUCGAUAUGCUGUUGAAUUCGUCACCAGCAUGUCCAGUUGAAGCUCCUAAAAAUAAGCCUGAGUCCGUGACCAGCAAAGUGGAUGUCUUUGACCAAAUUGUGCGAAAAAAGGAAGGCAAAACUUAUACUAGGAAAAGGAUAGUAAAACCUAAAAAGGUUAAUUAUUCUAGUUCUGAAGAGAGUGGUAAGUUUAUUUUAAGUAUUAAAGUGAACAAGAUUUCUUAG